GCUGCUUGUGCCGGCAGACGUAGUGGAGUGGCCCGUGGCCAAUAUCUAAUGGUUUUGUGUUGAUGUCAGUGACAGUCAAUUUUGUCAUGUAUUGCUGCCACUGAAGUUGUGUUUUUUAUGUAUCAGUGCAGUUAAACGCCAAUUGGCGAUUGCUGUUUUAUUGUUAUCUUUCGCCCUUGCAGACAACAGCAGUUUGCGAUUGUCCUAAACCAGGAUAACUGAUAGGCUAGUUGAAAUUUGAGAGGACGAACAUAUACUAUUAUUAUAUAAACAUAUUGUUCGAAAAGUUUUCAUCCGCAAUCUUGUUAUUUUAUGAUUUAUCAUGGAUGAAGUAGAUAAAAUAAUUAUUCAAUCUUUCAAAGAAAUUGGGUGCCACCUAGAGGAUGAUGUGGUGAGUCUGCGUCAGCUCACAUCAGAGCUUGUGGUGGAGGCGGCAGUUCGAUGUCUCAAUAUCAUCCAGCCAGGGCUGAGCCUCUCUCCACAGCUGCCUCCGUCCAUGUCUGCCAGGUACAAAGUGGGCACAGCCAUCGCUGAGGCUUGCACUGAGCUUGGAUACACAGGGGAGAUAGGAUACCAGACGUUUCUCUAUUCCUCAGAAGCCGAUGUCCGUAGGGUCUUCAUUUUCCUUGUUGAAAAGCUUCCCAAAGAGUCGGAUAAAUCUUCUUCACAACAAGAAG